GCUCAGCAAGGAGGCGAGCAACACAGUGGCAGUGGUGGGGUUGUUACUGCGGAAACUAUAACCGUAUUCAUAGCUGACUGUAGCUAAGAGCGUACGAGAAAGGCAAGGAAAAAAGAGGUGGAGGGAGGGAGUGUGCGCGGUUGGUCUACGCAUCUCCUGGCUUGCCUGGCCCGGCGCUCAGUUACUCCUCGACCUUGAGUGUGGUAGGACAUGUCGAUCUCGCUCCCCAAACAUGAGAAAAGGCCGCUCGCUCAAAAUGCAAUGCCGUGAAUGCUCGUCCGUGGAGGCUCCCCCGGGCUGGCCAGCGGGCCCCCGACACUCCCCCCAGGCCGGAGAACACCUAGGCGCGGCUUCCCAGCUCUGCCCGUAAAAACAGCGCGAAAAUUUGUGUUGUAAUGAGUGCGAGGCCUUUGUUGACGGGCGCAGCGGUGUGGCGGUGGUGAGUCCUCGGCAGCACUGCGCCGCGAGCCGCGAGUGACCCUGGGCACUGGCAGUGUUGGGCAAUCUGCCUAUGCAGGUGACAGGCAGGCCUGCCCCUGCGUCCCCGCCCACCGCGCCUCACCCCCGCCAAGGGCCUCGGCCAGCCCAAUAACUCUAGAGGAGCGGCGGGCGGAAAUCGCGGACGUGUCGCAGGGCAGUGAUGGUGCGGGGGCCCUGCUAGGGCCAGGCAGGCGUGAGGCGUGGUGGUGGUGCCGCGCCAUGACGGGAGGGCGGGGGCUGUGGCUGUGGGCGGCGGUGUGGGCGUGUGUGUGCGUGUGUCUGGCGCUGGCCGACGAAGAGGACCCGCUCCAGCACGAGGCCCAGGUGGCGGCGCGCGACCGCCAGCUGACGCGGGUGUUGCGCCUGCUGGGCGUGGAGGGGCAGGAGGGGCGCGGCGGCCCGCCUGACGAGGAGCAGGGCGGCGAGGCGUGCUCGCGCCGCACGCUGGACCUCGCCAUCCCCGCCGCCCAGCUCGCCAAGUUCACCACGGAGACGCGGGCGGCGCUGCGCCUUGCCAACCUCCUCAAUAACCUGUUCGUGGGCGUGCCCGAGGCCUUCGAGCCCGCUUACCCCGCCCACGUGUUCCACGCCCUGGUGCGCGCCGCCCUGGAGAACGAGCCAUCCAUCACCUCCUCCUCCAUAGCCUUCCUGCGAGGGGAGUACCGCCCCCCAGCAGAAGAGGAGCCGCAGGAGGUGUUUGGGGCAUACGGGUGGCGGCGGGAGGGCGGGGGCGUGGCCACCACCGAGCUGGCCUCCCUGCACAACCACUCCCUCGACCACCCCGCCCACCACGACACCAAGUGGUUCACCGCCCACUCCUCCUACAGGUUCUCCCGACGGCGGAUCAACAGCAGCCUGGGCGGGGAGGAGAGCGUGCCGCCGGGCCCCAUCACGCUCACCAGGGCGGAGGAUGGGCAGUGGGCGUCGCAGCCUCUCCUGGACUGCGGCGCCUCUAACCUGUGGGUGGUGGCCUAUUCCCUACCCUUUUUCGGCCGCGCUGAUGACGCCCUCUAUGCCAAGAUCAAGGGCGUGGUGCUGGUGACGGUACCGCUGCAGGAGGUGGACCUGGAUCAGUGUGACGUGGAUGACCUGCUUGGCCCUCAUCUGUUUGCCAGCACUCACAAGUGUGACGUCUCCACCACCCAGUGUGAGUCGGUGACCGGCCUGGGCUUCCGGCGCGGGGGUUACCGAUGCCAGUGUCACCCCGGGUACUACCUGCCCCGCCCCGGCCCUGGAUACUUUAGCGGCGAGGAGAUCGAGACGGCCUACUCCGCCAGACAAUCCCUAGACGCCUUCAGGUGCCUGCCGUGCCCAGAGGGAUGCCAGCUGUGUUCCGCCUCCAUGCCGUGCCCCGUCAGGACUCACGCCCUGCCGCGUCUGCUGCCGGCGUGCCUGCAGGCGGCGGCGGUGUGCGUGUCCCUGGUGCUGGCCGCCGUGGUGCUCAAGAUACGCAAGUGUAAGGUGAUCGCUGUCUCCUUGUGGACGAUGCUGGAGAUGGUGAUUCUAGGAGCUGUUGUCAUCUACUGCACGAUCUUCCUUCGCUUCGUGGAGCCCUCCGUCACGAUGUGCAUGGUAGAGCCCUGGUUCAGAGAGCUGGGAUUCGCUAUCUUCUACGGCGCCAUCGUGCUCAAGCUGUACAGGAGUCUCGUUGACCACCGCACGAGGAAGGCACAUCGCUACGUAAUCAGAGACCGGGACCUCUUGAAGUACCUGGCGGGGCUGGUGGCCUUCGUGACGGGCUACCUCGCCGCCUGGUCCGCCCUCGUGGCCCACCUGGCGUCAGAAGGCCACUCCCUCCUUGCCCUGGGCCACACCCCUGAGGGCCUCGCCUUCGUCACCUGCAAGAGUAUGUGGUGGGAGUACGUGACUGAGGCAGGCGAGCUGAUCUUCGUCUGCUUCGGGCUGUACCUGGCGUGGCAGCUGCGGAAGGCUGCAGGGGACGCGGGGGAGGUCGGGGAGUUGUGUGAGCGUCGCAGCCUCACCGCCGCCCUCCUGCUCGAGCUGCUCUCCUCCACCGUGCUCUACGUGGGGCGGCAUGUGCUGCUCCUCCGCGCGCACCCCGACCACGCCUUCCUCGCUUACUUCGCCCGCACCCAUCUCACUGUCACCCUCUCCCUCCUUCUCAUCCUCGUCACCAAGCUGUGGUGCGCAGGCGGCGGGGGGCGGGAGCUGCCUCGCCGCACCUACUCCACCACCGAGGGUGCCCACGAGCCGCGCUUCUGCGACGCCCUCACCAACGGAGACCUGGAGGCCUCUGACAUCAACCUGAGCCAGAUGGACCCCGAGGAGAUCAGGGCGGAGCUGAAGCGGGUGUACACGCAGCUGGAGGUGUUGCGAACCAAGACGAUGAGGAAGGACAACCCCCACAUCUCCAAGCGGCGGGGCGGCAGGAAGGCCACACACCGCCGCUUUUCCAUGCAGAGUCGCAAAGGAAGUCGAGAGAAGUCGUUCCACCGGCACCACCAACGCGCCCUGCACCACACCCUGGACGAGGGGGACAUGACCAAGACGCCUGAGGAGUCCGUCUGCUCCGUCGAGGGCCCCUCUGUCCUCUCCGUGUACGCCGACGGCCCCUCGGACAUAGGCACGCCCUCCAUCCUGCACCGCUCUUACAAGUUAUGAGAGCGUUCCCCGCAGAGGUCGCCGUCGCCGCUGCCGCCACCCGAGUCGCCGCCGCCGCACCGCAGGGACGAGGACUGUGUGUAGCAGGUCCAGGUUCGCUUCUAUACCGUGAUCGUUCCCUUGUGUGUUGUUUGUGUGAGUCUUCAUGGUGUGAGAUGUGACGCUUCCCUGGCACACUUACUGACCCACAGCCUGGAGUGAGGGACUGCCCGAGUAGUGAAUGAAAGGAAACUCAGUGAAGGGUUGUAGGAUAUUCACAAAAGCACGUGUAAAAAACACAUGUAAAGAUUGGCCUUUGUAAAAAAAAAACUAGCUUGACUAAGAAUGUACGUACAAAAUACAACAGAAAACGAGAACUGAGGAGAGCGUGGUGAUGCAAUAAUAAGCAGAAAAACAAGCAGAACAGCACGUGGCGACCUGCUGACUCUGGACCACAAGCAGAAGCAGUAAGCAGAGGCAGUAGAGGGUGACUGCGUGUCUGCUCCACAAGUACUGCUACCUUAGGACUAACCAUUACUACUUGUAGGUGUAGAUUAAAGUAUAUCAUUGUAUAUGAAAGCGACAUAUUAUAUAUAAAUAUAUACGGGAUAUUUUUCCAGGUAAUCCACAGACUGAUGUAGCACGAUAUUUAUUAUUAUUAUUAUAGGAGUCUUUACCACCGCGCGCCUCACGUACCUCUCUCUCUCUCUCUCUCUCUCUCUCUCUCUCUCUCUCUCUCUCUCUCUCUCUCUCUCUCUCUCUCUCUCUCUCUCUCUCUCUCUAGUACCUUUAGUUCAGCUUCAGCUUCAGCACAACACACACACACACACACACACACACACACACACACACACACACACACACACACACACACACACACACACACACACACACACACACACAUACUAACCUUCUCUAUAUAUAAAUUCCAUCACAACUAACUCAUUACUUACCUGCUGCCUUUUAACAAUAAUUUCGACCACCAUUUAUAUACUAACUCACUCAUUCACUCACCGCCACUCGUUCACUAACUCGUUCACUGUACACGUUUCGUCAAGCCGCCACCAGGUGCUGCCCGCCCCGCCACAGUCGCCUGCAGUGUUCUUGUCUAGUUGAGCGGGCCAGGGAGCGUUCACAGGCAGCACCGAGUCUUGGUCACGGGGAAUGGAUUAGGCGGUUAUGAAACCCUUGUGCGCCGCAGCUCGACUACUUUUCAAAGGCUCUACUUGAAGUUACACGGGUUUUUUUUCAAUGGUGUUUUAUGUUUCCAGUGACAGAUUAAUAAGAUUUCUACAUUUUUAACAGGAGAAACGCACUUGAGAACCCUACUAAUCUUUUCUGUGGCGUUUGAGAAUAGUCGUGGUGAGAGAGUCAAGCGUUUCAAAACACGAGCUCACAUGAGGGAGGCUGUGGUCUGUUCGCUGAGUCGUGUGUUGCAAGUUUCUCCCGUGGCGUGGCGAUGAUCAGGGCGUAAAGAACAUAAGGGAAGCUGCAAAAGAAAAGAAAAAAAAAAAGCCAACACGUGUCAGAUUUAAAAUUUCAGGUUUGUUGCGUUACAUAGGAGUAGCAUAAGAAAAAAAAAAUAAUAGUAGAGAAAGAAUUUAAAAAAAAUAAAUACUAGAAAUAUAGGGAGUUUACAGAGGAAAUAGACGGUUAGUUCUCUCUCUCUCUCUCUCUCUCUCUCUCUCUCUCUCUCUCUCUCUCUCUCUCUCUCUCUCUCUCUCUCUCAAGGGGGAUGGAUGUAAGCAAAAUUCUUAGGAUCAACAACCAAGAUAGAACAAGAAAUAACGGGUUCAAGCUUGAAAAAUUCAGGUUUAAGAAAGAGACAGGAAGAAAUUGGUUCUCAAAUGGAGUGGUAGAUGAGUGGAACGGACUCGGUAAUGAUGCUGUUAAUGCUAACUUUAAGAGAAGAUUAGACGGGUUUAUGGAUGGGUAUGAUAGGUGGAAAAUAGGUAGGUAUAUUUCAUACAGGGACUGCCACGUGUAAGCCUGUCACUUCUUGCAGCUUUCCUUAUUUCUUAUGUUUUCUCUCUCUCUCUCUCUCUCUCUCUCUCUCUCUCUCUCUCUCUCUCUCUCUCUCUCUCUCUCUCUCUCUCUCUCUCUCUCUCUC